AUGCCUAAUUUAUUUAAUGGCGAUAAUUCCGAUUCUGAAAAAGAAUUAAAGAUAAAUACAGAUUAUGCCAAAAAUUAUAAUAAUUGGCGGCAAAAAGAAGAAUUAAACAAAUUAAAAACAAAAUACGGAGAUAUCAAUACAAAUGCAAUAUCGGAUGAAAGUUCUGAAAGUGAAAGUUCUGAAAACGAAGAAGAAAAUGAGCUGACAGAGCAAUUCGAUAAAGACUUUUAUAAGACAUUAGCUCUUUUAAAAAAUAAAGAUCCAAAAAUUUAUAAUCAAGAUAUAACAUUUUUUAACAAUACUAACAAGACACAGGAAUUAUAUUCAGAAAAGAAGAAGCAAAAAACUAAAAAAGAAAAAGCUAUUUUUUUAAGAGAUUAUGAAAGAAAGAUUAUUGUAGAAAGAGAAGGAAAAUUUAGCGAUAGUGAAGAUGAGAAUGCUCAAAAAAAGGAUAAAGAAUUUGAGAAAAUCACAUAUGUUCAAGAGCAAAAACAAUUAAAAGAAAGUUUUAAAAAUGCAUUGCAAGAAGAGGAAGAGGAAGAUGAUUUAUUAAAACCAAAAAUCAAAUCUGAAAAUGAAAAAGAAAAAGAAGAGGCUGAUUAUAAAGAAUGGUUAAAAGGUCAAAAAAUAAAUAUAAAUGAAAAUGAACAGGAAGUACUCAAACCUUUACGUGAUUUUUGGACAAAUCCUAAUUUAGAUGCUAAUGAAAAAUUUUUAAGGGAUUAUGUGCUCAAUAAUAAAUAUCUAGACAAAAAUUAUACAGGACCAGAUGACAUUAGCAAUGAACAUGAAAGUUACGCAAUUCACGAUAGUGACGAAAAUUUAUCAGAAGAUGAAAGAAAUAUUGAAAAACAAGAACAAUUUGAGCAUAAAUAUAAUUUUAGAUUUGAAGAACCUGAUCAGGAAUUUAUUAAACGAUAUCCACGUACUAUGGAAAAUUCUUUAAGACGAAAAGAUACUCGUAGAGCUGAAAAAAGAGCAGAAGUAAAAAAAAGAAAAGAAGACGAAAAACUAAGAAAGAAAGAGGAACUUAUGCAAUUAAAAGCAUUAAAGAGAAAAGAAAUAGAAGAAAAAAUAGAAACAUUAAGAGAGAUUACAGGAAAUGAUGAUAUACAAUUUAAUGAUCUCGAUUUGGAAGGUGAUUUUGAUCCUAACGAACAUGAUCGAAAAAUGACACAAAUUUUUAAUGAUGAUUAUUAUGCCGCCCCCGAGACAGAUGUUAAACCUGAAUUUCCAGAUAUUGAUGAUCAACUAGAAAUUGAAAAUACGUGGGAUGAUUAUGAUCCAAAUACAGAUAAUUAUGAAGAAGAAGAAUAUAAAGAGCCGCACUGCGAAGAUGCAGAUUUUAAUAUGGAUGCAGAUUAUGAUCCAUUAAAAAAGAUUCAAAAAGAAAUAGAAGAUCCUAAAAGAAAGAGACGCAAACGAAAAUCUAAAUUCGCAGAACUUAUGGCACAAGAAAAGCCAAAAUUUGAUCCACAGCAAUAUAAAUCUUAUGAAGAAUAUUUUGAUAAGUAUUAUUCAUUAGAUUAUGAGGAUAUGAUUGGUGAUAUACCAUGUAGAUUUAAAUAUAGAAAAGUUGUACCAAACGAUUAUGGUUUGACCAUGGAAGAAAUAUUAAUGGCUGAUGAUAAAGAACUGAAUAAAUGGUGCUCUUUAAAAAAAGCUCUUCAACAUAAACCAGAUUAUGUGGAACUUAAUGAUGUUCGAAUGUUUAAACAAAAAGCUAAAAAUGAAACACUUAAAAGAAAGAUACUUAGUAGUUUAUACAAAGAACCUGAAGAUGAAAAAGAGGAAAAUAAAAAACAAGUUGUAAAUACUACUAACACUAUCAAUAUGGAAACAAAAAAGAAACUUCGAGAAAAGCAAAAAAAUAUACAAGGAAUAGAUACAUCUAUUGCUAAAAUUAAUCAUGAAACAUUAACAGAUAAUAAAAACCAUGAUAUUAAUAAGAAGAAGAUUAUAAAUAAUAUUGAUGAAACACAGAAAGAAUCAAAGAAAAAUUUAAAAUCUAAAGAAAAGAAAAAUCAGCAAGAACAGCUUGAGCAAUCACAACAAAAGAAAUUGAAAAUUAACAAUCUCAAAGAGUCUAUAAAUUCUACCAAAAAUGAAAUGCAAAAAGAAAUUACUGAUAAAUUUAUUAAUAAAAAAUCUACAUCUAAAAGAAAAGUUAAUGAUCAAAAUCAUAAUGAGUCAAAUGUCAAACAUUUCAAAAAAGCAAAAUUAAAGGAAAAGAUUAUGAAGAAGAAAUUCAAUGAAAAAAAGAAGAAAAAUUUAAAGAACAAAGAAAUCAAUAGUGAUAUUGCUUCACUAAAUCCUGAAAGAUUAAGAAUGUAUGGAAUAAAUCCAAAAAAAUUAAGAAACAAAUUAAAAUAUGGCAAAAAGAAACAGUAAUUAUGAUAUAUUAUAAAUAUAAAUAUAUAUACAAUUGUAUAUACAAUCAAAAUGAAUUGUUUUUAUUUUUUGU